UGAAAUAAAUUCAAUUUGAAAUUAUUGAAGAGGAGGAAAUUAUUUUCUUAAAAUUAUUUUUAAAAUUUAAAAUGAUAUCAACUAUAUUGUCAUUUCCACAAAUAAAGCAAUUAUUAUUCUUUAUUUUAUUAUUGAAAGUUCAUGCUCAACCACCAUUUGCAUCUUUAAAUCAUCAAACAAAAAAUGAAUUACAACAUCAUCAACAUCGUCAGCAUCAACAUCAUAUAAGACAGGAACCACCACAACACCAACAGAGAAAACAAGAACAAAAACAAGAGCUACCAGAACAGGCCGAGCAACUAAAACAUAAUCCAUUUGAUUUACAUGAUUUGUCUUUAAUAGGUGAACAAAAUUCAAAGGAAUUAAAAGGAAAUACAAAAAAAAAUUCAUCUCUACCGUUAAUUACUUUCAACUUAAAAUAUCCUCUUGAUUAUGAAAAUUUUAAUUCAGAAAGCUUUCAUCAUUUAUCAAAUAAAAAUAAUAAUAAUAAAAAUAUUGAAAAUAUUCUAAAUGAUCAAUAUAAAAUCAAUGGUAAAAAUAUACAAAUACCAUCAAUAUCAGCAUCAUCAAUACCAGCACUAAAAUCAGGCAGUACAAGAACAGCUACAAAAACAACAUCAAAAGAAGAAGAGGAAAAAUCAAAAAUUAAAGUAAAUAAACAACAAUUGAAAUAUUCUCAUCAACAAAAACGGGAAGUUAUACUUGCCGAUGUACCACUUUGGUCCUUACAAUUUGCAACAAUUGCUCCAACCAAUUCUAAUAUUGAUUCAAAAUAUAAUAAUAAUGAAACACCAUUAUCUUCAUUAUCAAAAUCAAAAUUACAAUACACCUACAAUAAAAAUCCAAUAGAAGAAGAUCCCGAUACAAUUCUACCUACUGAUGAAAAUUUUACAUCAACAGAAAUUUCUGAAAAUGAAAUCAAUAAAAUUUUCAACCCAAAUGAAUUUUUAUAUUUAAAAGAAUACCAUCAGAAAAAGAAAAGAAGGCCACCGUUUUCAUCACGAAUAUUUUCGAAAUCAUCUGAAAAACCAACAAAUAAAUUGUUUAUUGGUAUUGAUGAUGAUGGUGGUGGUGGUAGAGAUGAUGGAGGUGGUGGUGGAGGUGAUGAUGUUAACCAAGGUAUAGGUAUUACUGAUAAUAGAAUUGAUGGAUAUGGUCGUAAUAAUAAUGAUGGUAAUACAGAUGAAAAUAUUGGACAUAAAAAAAUAAAAUUUUAUUUAAAUUCUUAUCCGUUCCAUGGAGAAAGGUUAAAUGUUAAAAAUAAAAUUUCAUCUAAUUCCUUUAAUGGUGAUGGCGAUGACAGUGAAGAUUAUAAUGAUUUUCAAGAUAUAUUCAAUAAUAAAAGGAUAACAGCACCACCAGUAUGGAUGAAAAUGUUAAGAAAUCGUAAAGAUGGUCGUAAACCAUGGGCUUUAGUUGAUCGAAAACAAGAGAUUGGUGGCGGUGGUAGUGGUGCUGGUAUUAUUGGUGGAACUAGUGUAGGUGGUGGAAUUAGUCGUAUGCAAUUUUUUAAUGAACCAGAUAGUAAAUCCCAUAAUUCGAUUGGAUUUACAAGACAAAAAUUGAAAACACAUCAAACUCAAUUUGUACCAUCAGUAAGUGUUGGAGCAAUGACUAAUCUUGGUGAUUUUUUCGAUAAACUUAAAAAUAAUGUUGAUUUUAUGGAAAAAAGUAAUUUUAAUCCAGAUGCAAUUGAUAUUAUGGAAGGUGAUCAUUUAAGAAAAAUAUCCGAUAAUAUUAAAACAGAAGUAAUGACAGAUAGCGGUGGACAAACAAAACCAACUGGUACAGCUGCAUUUUUACAUGCAAUAAGAACGUAUAGACCAUCACAAAAAGUUAGAGCAUUAGUUUCAAUGACACCAGAAGGUUAUCAUGGUCAUGGCACACAUUUUAGUGAUCCAAAUUAUAUGUGGAUGGGUUUGGGAAAAUAAAAAAUAGAAUAAAAUGUUAUUUUUUGGAAGAAGAAGAAGAAAAAAUUAUAAAAUUUAUAUAUAAGAAAAUAAAAGAGAUGGAUAUAUAUUUUUAUGAUAUAAGAUAUUUAAUUAUUUAAUAAUAAAUAAAGCAUUUACUGACUUAUUAUGCAAAUUACAUAUUAUAUAAUAUUAUAAACAUAAAUUUUUCAAAAAUUAAAAAUAUAUUGCAAAAUUUUUGAGAAAAAUGUUUUUUGUUAUCACAAUUUUUCAACAAUAUUUUCAGUUUUACAAAUUUUUCAUUGAAAAUGCACACAGAGCCGGAUCUAUUACAAAGGCUAAACAAGAGCUUAGGAGACCCCAAAAUUGUGUACGUUGCUGUAUACACAUGAAAAAUUUGCUUUCUAUUUUAAUUAAGUUUUAAAAAUUCUAUUUACCACCCAAAGAAAUUCAUAAAUUGAAUACAAAAUUUUCUUGUUCUCAUGAACGAAUUUCUUAAAAACCUGGAAGAACUCAAUUUAAAUUUUAUUUUAUUUCAUAAAUUUUUAUGGACAAAUUUUAUUGAAAACACAUUAUGUAAUAUGCUCAUCUCCCAUUUAUUCUCAUAAUUUAACGGUAACCUAAGGCCUCUAACAUAUAAGAAAUCCGGCUCUGUAUUAACAGUACGCAAUAUAUUAUUAUGCAUUUAUUUAACCAAAAAUUUUUAUUUGUAUAUUCAAAUUAAUAAAUUAUAUAUUAUUAAUUUACAUAAGUAUAUGUAUAAUAUAUAUGUAA